AUGCGUAUUUGUAUCCGCCAGCUCCAGCUGAUGCUCCUCAAAGUGAGUCUGAUUCUGGGAGUGGAAAUCCAUGUCAACGUUGAGUUUGUCAAGCUUGUGGAGCCACCAGCAGAGCAGACUGAGGACGGUCCUGGUUGGCGAGCAGAAGUCCGGCCCUCCAGCCAUCCUGUUUCAGAAUUUGAUUUUGAUGUAGUGAUUGGAGCUGACGGACGCAAAAACACAUUAGACGGUUUUGGUCGCAAAGAGUUUCGAGGGAAGUUGGCCAUCGCCAUCACGGCUAACUUUGUCAACAGGAACACCACAGCAGAGGCCAAAGUGGAGGAGAUCAGUGGUGUGGCCUUCAUCUUCAACCAGAAGUUCUUUCUGGAACUCAGGGAGGAGACAGGUAUUGACCUGGAGAACAUCGUUUACUACAGAGACCACACCCACUACUUUGUCAUGACGGCCAAAAAGCAGAGUCUUCUGGACAAAGGGGUCAUCAUAAAUGUGAGCUACCACUAG